AUGUUUUUCAAGGUAGCCCUAUUCGCUCUAAUCGCCGCGUCCGCUCACGCUAGCGGUGGCGUCUCUAGCUUCUCUUACGGCGUAUCAGACCCCAACACUGGCGACGUGAAGAGCCAGCACGAGAAACGUGUCGGAGACACCGUGGUCGGCCAAUACUCGCUGCUGGAGUCUGACGGAACUAAGAGAGUAGUCGACUACUCGUCGCAUCCCCAUACUGGCUUCAACGCUGUCGUGAGGAAGGACCCUGCAUAUGGGAUCCAUCCUGCUCCCGCAGCGUACGGAUAUGGUGCUGGUUAUGCCGCCCACGCCGCUCCGUUGGCGUACAGCGCCCACGCCUCUCCCCUGGCCUACGCAUCCCAUGCCGCUCCCCUCUCCUAUGCCCACACCCCUGCCGUCUCCGCGUAUUCCACAACUGUAGCCCACGGCGGUUACUCCGGACACUCCCCCUUGGCGUACAGCGGCGCGUACGCUCCCCACUCAUACGCUAACUAUGGCGGUCUCUAUGGCGGCCACGCCGGUUAUGGGGCAUACGGUGCCUCUUCCCUCUAUGGCGGCCUUGCCGGCGUCGGCGGCCUCGGCGGCUAUGGCGGAUAUGGCGCUGCCUGGUAA